CCGCCGGGCGGCUGGGCCGUGGCGCGGCUCGAGGGCCGCGAGUUCGAGUACCUCAUGAAGAAGCGCUCGGUGACCAUUGGGCGCAACUCGUCGCAGGGCUCGGUGGACGUGAGCAUGGGCCACUCGAGCUUCAUCUCUCGGCGCCACCUGGAGAUAUUCACGCCCCCGGGCGGCGGCCAUGGCGCGGCGGCCCCGGAGCCCGCGCAGCCCCGGCCCGACACGGGCGGCGACUUCUACCUGCGCUGCCUCGGCAAGAACGGCGUGUUCGUGGACGGCGUGUUCCAACGGCGCGGGGCGCCCCCUCUGCAGCUGCCGCGCGUGUGCACGUUCAGGUUUCCGAGCACGAAUAUCAAGAUAACGUUCACAGCCCUGUCCAGUGAGAAGAGGGAGAAGCCAGAGGCCCCUGAGUCCCCAGUGAAGCCCGUGCAGCCGCACAUCUCCCCCCUGACCAUCAGCAUUCCAGACACCAUGGCCCACCUCAUCAGCCCCCUGCCGUCCCCGACGGGCACCAUCAGUGCUGCAAACUCCUGCCCAUCCAGCCCCCGGGGAGCGGGGUCUUCAGGGUACAAAAUGGGCCGUGUGAUGCCAUCUGACCUCAGUUUAAUGGCUGACAACUCACAGCCAGAAAAUGAAAAAGAAGCUUCUGGUGGAGACAGCCCAAAGGAUGAUUCAAAACCACCUUAUUCCUAUGCACAGUUAAUAGUACAAGCAAUUACAAUGGCUCCUGAUAAACAACUCACCCUGAAUGGAAUUUAUACACACAUCACUAAAAACUAUCCGUACUAUAGGACUGCAGACAAGGGCUGGCAGAAUUCAAUUCGCCACAAUCUCUCUCUGAAUCGUUAUUUCAUCAAAGUACCGCGUUCGCAGGAAGAACCAGGCAAAGGCUCCUUCUGGAGGAUAGACCCUGCCUCUGAGAGCAAGUUGAUAGAGCAGGCUUUUAGGAAAAGACGGCCGAGGGGCGUGCCUUGCUUUAGAACCCCUCUGGGACCGCUCUCUUCUAGGAGCGCCCCCGCCUCUCCCAACCACGCAGGCGUGCUCUCCGCUCACUCCAGCGGCGCCCAGACCCCCGAGAGCCUGUCCCGGGAAGGCUCCCCGGCCCCCCUGGAGCCCGAACCCGGCGCCGCCCAGCCCAAGCUCGCCGUCAUCCAGGAGGCGCGGUUUGCCCAGAGCGCGCCAGGGUCACCUCUGUCCAGUCAGCCUGUCCUCAUCACUGUGCAGCGGCCGCUACCCCCAGCCGUGAAGCCCGUCACCUACGCCGUGGCCACCUCCACCUCCCAGCCACCUGUCGUGCAGACAGUCCACGUUGUCCACCAGAUACCAGCCGUGUCAGUCACCAGCGUGGCUGGACUGGCCCCGGCAAACACAUACACGGUUGCAGGACAGGCUGUGGUCACUCAGACAGCAGUGCUGGCCCCUCCUAAGGCAGAGCCACAUGAGAAUGGGGACCACAGAGAGGUGAAAGUGAAAGUAGAACCUGUUCCUGCGAUCAGCCACGCCACGCUGGGCACUGCCAACCGGGUGAUCCAGACGUCACAGGCCACCCCUGUCCAAACGGUCACCAUAGUGCAGCAGGCACCGCUGGGCCAACACCAGCUUCCAAUCAAAACCGUCACGCAGAAUGGGACUCACGUGGUGCCGGGCCCCGCUGUGGUGCACAGCCAGGUGAACAACGCAGCAAGCCCUCUGCACAUGUUGGCCACCCACGCGUCGGCCUCGGCUUCCCUGCCCAUGAAGAGACAGAACGGUGACCAGGCCGAGCAGCCGGAGCCGAAGCGGAUCAAGACGGAAGGUGAGAGCAUCGUCAUCGCCCUGAGCGUGGACGCCCCGGCAGCUGUGCGGGAGUAGGGGUGCAGAGCCAGCGGCCAGGAGAGCUUUCCUUACACAUCAACCUGUGGUGCCGAAGGAGACAUCGCCUCUGGCCGACGCCGGACAGCUCCUGGGGGGCAAAGACCCUGCGGUGGGACUGUGAGCACUCAGCACAUGCAGCACUGAAACACCCGGGCGGCCCUGCAGCUCCUCCUCGCACUUGGACACCAGCACGGCCUCCUGGCUCCCUGCAGGGAGCUUGCGGGGUGCUGCCUGCGGGCUCCACUGUCCACCCAAAGCGAGCGCCGGGUCCAUCCCAUCCCGGAGGGCCGAGCUGCACCACGACUGCGGCUGGGCACCCUCGGGGACAGGGCCGGGCCACCCUGCCACCCCCACCGGACCCUUCCUGCGGCUGGGACACAAGACAGUAUUCUGUUGUUCACAUGUGGAAUUAGAAUAUUUUGAGGUGUACUUUCUUUACAAAACAGUGGGGUCUUUGGCAUUUCACAUCACUCCAUUUCUGCUCUGGAAAGUCGAGAAUCACAGGGCCCCCGUCUGGGCUCGCCUGGGUUUGCAGCAGCUUAGGGUUAGGGUUAUGCUGUCUUCCUGUGGCAGGCUCAGGUGGCAUCGGGCACGUUCCCCCGACACCAACACCGACUUCAAGGACGGUGCAGGGCUGACGGGACCGUGCCCCAGGCCCUGCCCGAGCACUGGCUGGCUCUUGGUGUGUGUGUGUGUGGACUUUGACCCUGGCAUCAUUUCCCAGCCUUCGUGACGCGCGCGUAAGUGCUGUGUGCGCACAGCAGGACCCUGUCAGAGGGAGACGUAGUCCUGGAUCACGCACCCUUUCAGGAAGAGUGCAGACCCUCCGAGGUGCGUGUGGCCCUUGCUCCCCGCCGUUGUGACCUCGAGCACGCCCCCAGGGCGCCUGGAGGUCUCCCCAACCUUCCAGAACUGAGUCCAACACUUAGGCCGACUUCUCUCCGCCGAGGACAUCGGGAGGCAUCGAGCAGGCAGAGCGCCAGGCCCACCGGGCCUCACACAAGCUCCGCGCCUCUCCGGGCACAGCCGCGCACACAGGGCUGCAGCCUUAUUGUGAAUUUUUUAAUGUCAUCAUCAUAGUGUUAUUUAUUUAAAUGUAGUUGCUUUGGUAUUUAAUUUUUUUUAAAGAGAGGAAAAAAGCCCUGUAUUUUCCUGAUGGAAUGAAAUGGCUCAGAAUGGUAUAUUUAGGCAAUUUAAAAACAUUUCUUAUUUACAUAAAGACCAAAUAUGAUGAAUCUGUUCUAAGUAUUGUGUCACCGUCUUGAGCUGUCGCCAUGUACUGCAGAUGAUGGGUGUGAGUCACGAGGUCACUGGAACUCAGCCGUGUGCAAAUAAAGUGAGACAUCUGUGA